AUGUGUGGCGAAUUUGCUUGGAAAUUCACCCUUCAACCAAGACCCCGCCAAAAUUUCCUGCCCGCUGCGGGACUGAUAAGAUCUUAUCAUCACGUGAAAGACUAUCGGCCAAUGAGAAGACCAAAUGCAGCGCCACAGCUGCCACAAUCCUUUCGCAUAGGCCGCAGGCACUAG